GAAAAGUAAAACUUUGUGUCAAACUACAUAAACUUAAAAAAAAUUAAGAAAAAAAUUAAAUUAAGAAAAUGAAAUUAAUAUUCUACGUAUAUUUGGCAUUGGCUGUGAUCACAGCAAUCAAAGCAGAUGUCAAGCAUUUGGGUUAUUCAUAUCCAAAACCAAAAUUUACUUUCCAAAAAGUUGAGGAACAUUUUAUAGAACCAAAGAAACCGAUUGUCGUGCUACAAGAUGAAACAGGAAUUAAUUUAGAAAAUGACCAAAAUACUGAUAGUGAUAAAGCUGUACAGGAUCCCUCACCACUUUCACCUUUUGGUGGAAACUAUGGUGGUUAUCAAAAUUAUCCACAAGCUUUCCCCGGACAAGGUUUUCCAAAUAGUGGAUUUCCAAAUGGUGGAUUACCAAACUUAGGAUUCCCUAAUAGUGGUUUAAUAAAUGCCGGUUUUCCAAAUGCAGGUUUUCCAAAUGCAGGUUUUCCAAAUGCAGGUUUUCCAAAUGCUGGUAUACCGAACGGUGGCUAUCCAGGUGGCGCUUUUCCUAACACAGGAUUUCCAAAUCCCGGUUUUCCAACUACUGGUUUCCCAAAUGCUGGACUUCCAAAUGCUGGUUUCGCAAAUCCUGGACUUCCAAAUGCUGGUUUCGCAAAUCCUGGACUUCCAAAUGCUGGUUUUCCUAAUACUGGUGUUCCUAAUAUUGGUUUUCCAAAUGCUGGUUUUCCAAAUAGUGGUGCUGGAUUUAUUGGUGGUCCAUCAUUUUAUCCUGGUAAUGGUUUUGGACAACAGCCUGGUGGCUUUUUCCCACGCACUUCUUCUAGACUUGUCGCAAGUGAUACAGCUUAUGGUUCAAAUGGCGGCUAUGUCUAUGAGAAGCCAUAAAUCACUGCUUUACAUUGUUUCUUAUUGGGCCUGUGAUUAAUUUAAACUUAUUUAAACUUAUUUCUUUUAAUUUUGAUGGUAAUUUCAAAGAAAUAAAACUUUUCAUCUUACACAAUUUUGUGUGUGGGAAUUC